UCAGAAGGAAAAAACUUUAUCAGAGUAUCUAUCUUUCCCCUUUUCUUUCUUUCUUCAUUUUAUUUUGGUCAGGGAAUUUCCAGUCCAGGGCUAGGGUUUAAGGUACAGGGACUAGGGUGAAAUCGGAGAUGGCGAUGACACAGUGGUGCAGCACAGCAGCGAGGAGACUGAUGACUGUUAUGGAGCAACGAAUGUCAUUUUCAUCUUCAGCUGCCCCGUCGGCGGCGAUGGGAGGUCCGAUCCUUUGCGGACGAGGGGACAAGAGGACGAAGAAAGGGAAGAGAUUCAAAGAUUCAUAUGGAAAUUCAAGACCUAAAAAGGAGAAGAAAAUUGAACGCAUCAAGGAUAAAGUUGAGGUCCCCAGGUCUACACCUUGGCCUCUUCCUUUCAAACUCAUUUGAUUUCUAAGCUUUUUUUAUUUUCUGUACCCUUCAAAAAUCUAGUCUUGUUUCUAUUUGCAAUGCUCUGAUAAGAAGAUAGAUUAUGUUUUUCUUAUGAUGAAUCUGAAUGUAUUGACGUCUGGGCAAAAUUGAGUUUCAAUUGCUUUGUUU